AAAAAAAUUUUUUUAAAGAUGACAGAUUUGGAACGUAAACAACUCCAAUUAGCUCUAAAUGGAUUAAAAUCAAAACAUAUAGAUAAUGUUUCAAUAUGGGAUUUACACACACUUGUACAUUAUCCAAAUUCUGCUGUAGCUGCGCAUUGGGGUCCAGCAUUUUUGCCUUGGCAUAGAGAAUUUUUAAGACAAUUUGAAAUUACUCUACAAAAUGAACAGCCAGAAUUAAUUGGAAUACCUUUUUGGGACUCUACUUUAGAUCAUGGACUUCCUGAUCCUUCUGACAGCGUUCUUUGGUCUGAAGAAUUAAUGGGUAAUGGAAAUGGUUUUGUGAAAAAUGGGCCUUUUAAGGAUUGGAAUACUAAUGUAUUGAUGCCUCUAAGUCCAGUACCUAUCCAAAGAUUAUAUAGGUCUACUGGUGGAAGAAGUUCUGACAGAUUAAUGUCUCCAAAAGAUGUUGAAUGGAUUACAACUCGAAAAAAUUUUAGUCAAUUAACUUUUUGUCAUGACAAAACAUUUGAAUCUAUGCAUGGACUGUCUCAUGUUUGGGUUGGCGGCUUUAUGUUUGUUAUUCGAGUAUCCCCAAAUGACCCAACCUUUUAUUUUCAUCACGCUUUUAUUGAUUAUUUAUGGGAACAAUUUAGACUACAAAAUCAGGAUAGAUAUCAGAGAGAAAAUGAUUAUGCAAUUAAAAACUGUAAUAGAAAUCAUGAAUUUAAUGCACAAAUGAAGCCUUUUAAUUUGCGUAAUAAAGAUGGACUUUCUAAUGAUUAUACAGAUUUUUGGUUUGAAUAUGAACCUGUCCGUCAUUGUUCAAAAGAAUUGCCUUUUUGUGAUUCUAAAUUUCUUUUUUGUGAUAAAUCUUCAUGGCGUUGUCGAAGCAAAAUAGUUUUGGGUGGAAAUUGUACAGGAUUUGUGGGAACAGAAAUAUGUUAUCAAUCAAUUUGUAUACAGAAUGUUUGUCGAUUACCUGCAACUGAAGGAAAUGGAUUUUUAAGAAGAGAGCGUCGUUAUGAUAAUGUUGUUUGGGCAAAAACUUUAAUGUUAACUGAAGGAAGUUUUGGUUUGUCUAGUGGAAUUGCACAUGUAACUGUAAAAGAAGAAUUUAUUGGUGGAAAGGAAAUGACAGCAUUUAUUGAAAGAGAGCCUACAGUUUAUCCAGAAACGAGGGGCCUUUUAUAUUUGCCUCUGCCUAAUCCGAGCGAACCAAAUGUCGAUUUUAAAGUGAGUUUGGAAGCAAGUGAUCAUUAUGGAAGAUAUUGCCAAACUUAUUGUUUGAACUCAACAACAGAUAAAUAUCAAGUUUGUACUCCACAAUUAGUGCUUCGUUCAACGCUAAACUCUCAUUUGUUGACUUCAAAUAUUUCAUUUACUCAUCAAUUAUCUGCUCGUAAAUUUCUUGACAUGGAUUUGUCAGUUCAUCCAAAACUUUGGAAGGUUCACAGCCCUUUUGUUGUAUUUAAUUGUCAAACAAAGCUUCUAAAUUCUGCUAUGGUCAAAGAAAUAACAGAAAGGCUAUCACCACCAAUUGAACAUUUAAUUGCAACACCACAUGUUUGGUUUAGAGUUGGUUUAAUAAUUAAAAGUGGUUCUUCUUCACAAUUAAUUGAUUAUGAUGAAUUUGAGGUUGAAGCAGAAGAAAUUGGUGGAGGUCAUUUUGAAUUUUAUUCAACUUCUCUUCGCCGUGCUCGCUCAGUUUUUGAUCAAGGCAUUUUAUUUUUGAGAGCAAGCAAUCCUUUUUUACAAAAAGGAAGAGAAGUAACUGUAAAAGUUGGUAUACGUAAAGGUGGAGGAGGGCAACGUAUUCAAUGUGAUGCUUUAUGUGAUAGAUCUCAGGUCAACUUUUUAACAUCAAAAAGAACAACAAAUUAUUGUGAUUCAACUGUUCGUUUAAAUGCUGAACCUCAACUUUCUGAAGAUGUAUUUGCAACAGAUUUGAGUUAUAUGCCUUAUUUGGGUUGGAGAAUGAUAGGUCAUCCAUCAGAAUGGAGAUUUCAAAUGCCUUUUUUAUCAUUGUCGUGUUGA